UGCAGCAGCUUCCUCUGUGGCGUCACACAUGUAGCACAACAUGGCCCCCGCCAGCCGGGCUGUUGUUGUGGUAGCGCUCUCACUGCUCUACCUGUGUCGGGCGAUAAUCUCCACCGAGUACUUCUCCACUCUCACUUUGUUCAACAAUGAGCUCCACAAGCAAGGAUGCAGCUCACUGUCCGAGUGGGAGGACUACGCUGCCGACUGCGAGUCUUCGAUUUUACAGUUGGAAGACCCCGACUGCGAGGAGGGAAGCAACCCGCCAUGCGAGUCAGUCUUCUCACUUAAUGCAGAGAAGAUUCUGAACCAGGCCAAGUUGUUUAUAGAACAGAAGAAAAUCCCCUUCCCUGUAGAGAACCACAACACAAAUGAAGAGCUUGCUAUAGGUUAUGUUCUGAUAGGCAACGGUCUUUAUGAUGAAGCCAUCAAACACUUCUCACUCUUAUUACAGAGUGACCCAGAGCUGGUCAGUGCCAUCUAUGGGAGAGGGAUAGCUUAUGGGAAGAAAAGUCUGCAAGACAUAAAGAAUGCUGACCUGGCGUUGUAUGAGCUCAACAGAGUCAUCACCCUUGAGCCGAACUGGCCAGAGGUUUACGAACAGAGAGCAGAGAUCCUGUCUCCUCUGGGUCGUAUCAGUGAGGCUCUGGGUGACUUGACCAAAGCCAUCCAGCUGCAGCCCUCAGCUCGUCUCUACAGACACAGAGGAACUCUGCUCUUCAUUUCAGAGGACUAUGUUGCAGCUAUGGAGGAUUUCCAGCAGUCUUUAGAGCUCAAGAAGAAUCAGCCUAUCGCUAUGCUGUAUAAAGGCCUCACCUUCUUCCACAGAGGCAUGCUCAAAGAAGCCAUUGAGACAUUCAAAGAGGCGUUGAAGUUGAAGUCUGACUUUAUAGAUGCCUACAAGAGCCUUGGGCAGGCAUACAGAGAGUUGGGUGAUUUUGAAUCAGCCAUGGAGAGCUUCCAGAAAGCUCUUAUGUUGAACCAGAAUCACAUCCAGUCUCUCCAGCUCCGAGGCAUGAUGCUGUACCACCAUGGCUCGUUGCAGGAGGCCAUAGGAAACUUCAAGAGGUGUCUACAGUUGGAGCCUUACAAUGAGGUGUGUCAGUACAUGAAGGGGUUGAGCCACGUGGCCAUGGGACAGUUCUAUGAGGGCAUCAAAGCUCAGACUAAAGUUAUGUUGAAUGAUCCUCUGCUGGGACAAAAGGCCAGCUCGGAAUACCUCAAAGUGAAAUACCUCAGAGAAUACUCUCGUUACUUGCACUCCCACCUGGAUAUCCCAGUAGCAGAGUACAAUGUGGACCAGGAUUUACCAGGGAACUUUAAGAAUCACUGGGCCAAGAACCUGCCUUUUUUAAUAGAAGACUAUGAAGAACAGCCUGGCCUGCAACCACAUAUCAAAGAUGUUCUGCCACAGAACUUUGACAGCUACAACAGUGAUGUUCAGAAGCUGAUCUGCACAGCCGACCAUUUGGGGGCGCUAAUGCAAUACGACACUCCUGGUUUCUUACCUAACAAGAGAAUACACAGAGCCAUGGGUUUGGCAACCCUGGAGGUGAUGCAGGCCAUGCAUCGGACGUGGAGCAACUCCAAAGUGCGAGUCAAUGGCAAGACAAGGCAAAUGCAGUGGAGAGACAUGUUCGACAUAGCUGUCAAAUGGAGAAGGAUCGCGGAUCCAGACCAGCCAGUUCUGUGGUUAGACCAGAUGCCUGCCAGAAGUCUCAGUCGAGGCUUCAACAAUCACAUCAAUCUCAUCAGGGGACAGAUUAUCAACAUCAGAUAUUUGGCCUACUUUGACAACAUCCUCGACUUCAUCAAAGACAGAAUACUAGUGUACCAUGGGGCGUACAACCCCAGAGGCCUCCUGGAGGUCCGCCAGGCUCUUGAAAAUGUGAAUAAAGUAGAAGAUCUGCUUCCUAUAAUGAAGCAGUUCAACAGUAAAACCAGAGAUGGCUUCACGGUCAAUUCCAAGGUGCCGAGCAUGAAGGAUCUUGGGAAAGAGUACGAUGGUUUUACCAUCACCAUCACAGGAGACAGGGUGGGAAACAUGUUAUUCUCAGUAGAGACCCAGACGACAGAAGAGCGGACACAGCAGUACCAGUCAGAGAUAGAAUCCAUCUAUAAAGACCUCACCGCCAAAGGAAAGACAUUAAUGCUGUCCACUGAGUUAGGGGAUGCGGAUGCAGUGUGUAACCUGGUACUGUCCUUGGUUUAUUACUUCUGCAACCUCAUGCCUCUUUCCAGAGGAUCCAGUGUGGUGGCCUACUCAGUGGUGAUGGGGGCAUUGAUGGCCAGUGGGAAAGAGGUCAUCGGUAGGAUCCCGAAAGGAAAGCUGGUGGAUUUUGAAGCCAUGACCACGCCCAGUCCCGACAGCUUCAGUAAAACAGCAAAGAACUGGAUGAAUCUCAAGAGUUUACCAAGUUGGUACCAGAGUCUGCCAUCUGUAGCAGAGACCUUCCCAUCUACCAGAACGAUGAUCGAGGUCCUUAAUACAGACUCCUCUUCACAUUGUCCAAAGAAGUCUUAGCACAACUUCUACACAGCAGAGAAGUCUGUUUGAUGAAAGUCUUAAUAAUAGAGCUUCUACAAUGGGCAGAAAAAAGGGACUGUCUUCUUCUACAAUCCAAACAACACUGAACUGAGAUCUUCAAAAGGAUGUUGCCACAAGUUUUUUGAAAUUUUAAUACCGAAUUAGUGACUCUUUGGCACUUUGGGAAGCAGGUAGUGUCUGUUUUCUUUGAUCACAGAUGGAUAUGAAAGGAUAUUAAUGCACAUUCAAGACAUAUUUUCUUCUAUGAAGUGCUGAUAUUUAUUUGGUUUACCAAAAGCCACCAUUUAUCUUACUUUAGUGUCCAAAUGCUGCUUUGUGUGCUCUGUCAUCUCCCCUUAAACACCCUCACACAUCACAAUUACAGCCAUCCAUAAAAAUGUAAUUUCUCCCAUUGUUUAUACUGGAGGCUACUGUUGUCUGAGCACCAUAAUUUGGCCUUGUACACAAAGCAACAAAGGUUAAUGUACCUGAGAACCACAACCGAUUAGUAAAGGAGCAAAAUACAUGGAGAAAGGUCAAGUUACUGACUGUACAUUAACAUGCCGAUGCCUGUGUGCUACCUCUCUGUAGUGGUUGAAGCACCAGAUAAAUGCUGCUGUCAUUAAUCAGCCAGUUACAUAAAGGGGGAUACAGGGUUCAACAGCAGCCUGACAUUUUAAUUUUCCUGUAAAAAGCAUCUUGAGCCCAGAGAACAAUUAAUUAUUGAACUAAAAUGCAAGUGCAUAUGGCAGCACUGUCUUUGUUUAGUUUCCACACUCCAGCUGUUUGGGGAGAUGACAGAGAACACUGAAAGCAGGAUGUCAUCGGUUGUUUGGGAUGCAGAAGUGAAUCUGUCCACCUUCGCUCUUUCUCUGCUUUAUAGGCCUCAAGUUGAAAACACCUAAAGCACAAAACCCAUCUGUCCACCCAUCAGCAUGAACAAUCUUAUGUUGCACAGUCAUGCCUAAAAUCUCUAGCUUUAGAUUACUUAGAAUGUGAAAUAGUGUGUUCUAAAUGGCACUGUCUGGUAUCUAAACGGCUUUUAUUUAAAGAUUGUAAUUAGUACUUUAAACUUUUCUUUGAACCACUGCUGUGCACACACAGUCUAGCCUAUCAGCAGAGAAAUAGUCUGGGGAAUUAUUCAGAUACAGACAAAACCUUCAGGGCUAUUGAAUUCCACUUGGGAUACUUGAAGCAGUCUCUUUUAUUUAGUUUGUUGUUUCUUUCAUUUGAUAUAAAACCCUGCAUUCUUUUAAUGUGACCAAUAAUUCGUUGGUAUAAAAAUGGGUUGAUUGCUGAACUAACACAAGAGUCAGAGGUGUUAGAGAACUGUCAUGGGGAAUAUAUGUUGCUGUUUGCAUCAUAAAGUCUCAGUGUUAGGCCAAAAAAGGUUAGCCACUUAGUUUGUUAUGAUUUUAGCACUUUUUGACCAUUUUAAAUUGAAUUUACAGUAAAUACACAUUUGGACUUUUUUGGAAAAUUGAAAAAUUUUCUUUGAUGUUUUAUAGUUUUUAAUUCUCCUUACAGAUUCUUUACAAUUACAAGUUGACACAGUAAAAAAAAAGCCAAAGAAAACAUUCAAAUAAUGAAUGCAAAAUGAAUAUUCUUGUGUAAAAUUUUCUUGCAGUUUCAAAAAUAAUUGAUUAAUCUUAAAAUAAACACAGAUAGAUGAAUCCAUAUUUAACACAAUCAUUAGUUAUUGGACUUGCUUCAUGUCCUCCAGAUGAUAAAUGGAGGUGGAAAAUAAGCUGCAUUCAGUUUUCUUGCCAAAAAUCCCUGAGGCAGUACAAAUUUUAAAGGUUAUUUCAUUAACCUUGUUUUUUGUAAAAAUCCAAGCCAGAGUUUCUCUCAGAAGAAGCUACAAAUUCAAACUCAUGAUUGUCCUCCAACAUCUCCGACUAUUGGGUCUUUGAGGAUUAUUUACAGACGGAGGGAAAAGCACCACAUACUCUCAUUUCCUUAGCUGUCCUUCCUUAAGCUUGCAGUGAAAGCCUCACAUUUGUUUGGACUUAAUAUUAUCUCAUAGAAUAGAUUUGCUUGUACGAGCUGGUCUUUGUGACGCCUCAGAGCAAUAGUUUGGGACAGAAGAGCUCAUGUCUCUCCAGAUGUCCUCGUGAUGUAAUAGUGUGCGUACUCUGUUCCUUAAACAUAUGACAGAGUCUUACCAUGCUUACUGGUACGUGGAGAAACCCUUAGUGGUAAAAACAUGAAUCUUUAACUAUAAAUUUAGUUUCGUCUGAAUAAAUAUUGCUAUAAAUUUGUUACCAAUUGAUUUCAGAGGUCGACAACGUUGAAAACUGGUUACACAACAUGAAUGUUAGUUGACAUUUUCAUGGAGACGUAACACGCGCCGAUACAAAUCAUAAAGCUGCCGAUGUCAUGUCAUGUUUUCCAGAACUCAAAAUAAUUUAGUCUUCUGCAAAAGGAGUUAUUUGGUGAGUUUGAAUUGGAUGUGAUGUUUACAUGCAGCAGCCUAGAGUAACAGAAUACUCUGAUAAUUAGGCUGCAGUGUUGUUGUAUGCAGCAGCUGCCUGAGGUUUUAUUGACUCAUCAAUGUGGGUUCAAGCACAAGGAGGAUAAAAGGCCAGCGAUAAAUCACCCGGCUUGAUGUGAAAGUAUUUUAGAGGCCUUUAAUUCUUACUGUAUCAUCUUGUUUUGCCAAUCCUGCAGUAGUCCGUCAUUGAACGCCUAGUUUCCUAAUUUUGUGAAGCAGUUCGAUCAUUUCUACAACGUAAGAACAAGCCGAUGUCUUGAGUAUCCUAUCUAAUUAAUUUCCUGCUUUACAGUUGGGUCCCUCACACCUUUGCUUUGGGUCACCUUUUUUCAUAUCAGUGAUGAUGUUGACUAAACUAAUUUUCUUCUCAGUCCCAGUCAUUAAGUGCUACAAUGGGCUUUGGAGUGAGGAGUGCACAACCUAUCUUACAUCUUAAAACUUGAAGGAGGGAAUUUUUUAUUGAAUGAAUGUUCAGCAGUCAAUAAAACUGGUUAACAAUUUUAA